GACACUGCGCCUCUGGUCUCGGAAUUUCCAGAGUUCCUCCGGUUGCGGAAGACAGCUGUUAUUUUUCUCCCGAAAGCUUUUGGCACAGCCAGCAGGUUGAAACUUCCAGGCACCUUUUGGAGAAGUUGUUAGGGUUUGCUCGAGGCUUUCGUUACAUUUUUAUUUGGGUUUUCAAGCCCUGUCUGCCUUUCGGAGAGUGAGCUCUAAGUUUGCUGUGAAGGGUUCUUAAGAGGCUUUCCUCUCCGGCUUCCGUUUUUCUUGAACCCACUCGGCUCAAUUAUGGUGAUGUUCAAGAAGAUCAAGUCUUUUGAGGUGGUCUUCAACGACCCCGAGAAGGUGUACGGCAGCGGGGAGAAGGUGGCCGGCCGGGUGGUAGUGGAAGUGUGUGAAGUUACCCGAGUCAAAGCCGUCAGGAUCCUAGCUUGCGGUGUGGCCAAGGUCCUGUGGAUGCAGGGGUCUCAGCAGUGCAAACAGACCUUGGACUACCUGCGCUAUGAAGACACGCUUCUCCUCGAAGACCAGCCUACAGGUGAGAACGAGAUGGUGAUUAUGAGACCUGGAAACAAAUACGAGUACAAGUUCGGCUUUGAGCUUCCUCAGGGGCCCCUGGGAACAUCCUUUAAAGGAAAAUAUGGUUGUGUAGAUUACUGGGUGAAGGCUUUUCUCGAUCGCCCCAGCCAACCAACUCAAGAGGCAAAGAAAAACUUUGAAGUGAUGGAUCUAGUGGAUGUCAACACCCCUGACUUAAUGGCACCAGUGUCCGCCAAGAAGGAGAAGAAAGUUUCCUGCAUGUUCAUUCCUGAUGGACGUGUGUCAGUCUCUGCUCGAAUUGACAGAAAAGGAUUCUGUGAAGGUGAUGACAUUUCCAUCCAUGCUGACUUUGAGAACACAUGUUCCCGAAUCGUGGUCCCCAAAGCAGCUAUUGUGGCCCGACACACUUACCUCGCCAAUGGCCAGACCAAAGUGCUCACCCAGAAGCUGUCGUCCGUCAGAGGCAAUCACAUUAUCUCUGGGACUUGCGCUUCAUGGCGUGGCAAGAGUCUCCGAGUGCAGAAGAUCAGACCCUCCAUCCUGGGCUGCAACAUCCUGAGGGUUGAAUACUCCUUGCUGAUCUACGUCAGUGUCCCUGGCUCCAAGAAAGUCAUCCUCGAUCUACCCCUAGUGAUUGGCAGCAGGUCAGGUCUGAGCAGCCGGACAUCCAGCAUGGCCAGCCGAACAAGCUCCGAAAUGAGUUGGAUAGACCUCAACAUCCCAGAUGCCCCAGAAGCCCCUCCAUGCUAUAUGGACAUCAUUCCUGAAGAUCACAGACUAGAGAGCCCCACCACUCCCCUGCUGGAUGACGUGGAUGAUUCUCAAGACAGCCCUAUCUUUAUGUAUGCCCCUGAGUUCCAGUUCAUGCCCCCACCCACUUACACUGAGGUGGAUCCCUGUGUCCUUAACAACAACGACAACAACGACAACGUGCAGUGAGCCUGACGAGACGAUGCAUCUGAACCAGCUCAUUUCUUUCUGCCUCUCUGCUUGAACUCCAGUGUUUCAGAGACUCUGUCUCUACAGUGGGGACCGGGUACACCCCAGCCUCUGACUCCACAAGAUGGGUGGUAAUCAGUAGGCAGGUCUCCGGCUUCAAGUGGUGCAGACCAGUGCCCGCACUGUGGUGUAUAGGAGUGUUUGCUGGGUGGAUAUCAGAACGAACACUCUAGAAAAAUUCAGACCUGGCCCACUUUCUCAGCGUUGGAAAUGAAGAGAUUGCGCCUGUUUUUUGAGUCAGGGUAUUACUGACCUUCUGGCAUGGUCUUUCCAAGGUGUUUUGUUGUUUUGUUUUGAAGGGAAUUUUAGGUUGUUAAAAUAACAGCAGACCAUGAACUUCUGUGCCAUGGGGGACAGCCAAUUUCACAUACUAGAAAAAGAAAAACCAUGGCCAAAAUUUUGUUAGAGGAGUGUUUUUGUUUGUUUUUUAAAAUCAGUGUUCCCGUUUUUAUAUCUUCACAAAGAAAAAAGACCUUCCACGGCCGAUGGGCGUGCAGCCUGUGAGAGUUGGCUUAACCUUGGGGGCAGUGGUGACUGUGCCCACUGAUGGCCAUAAAGGCUACUUUACAGCCAGUUGCACUGUGCUCUCUUGUAAGCAUAAUCAGAUGUGAGAGUCUCUUAUUUUUGUGUCACUCCUUGGAAUUGAUUCUAAGGUGAUGAUCUUAGCACUUUAGCUUGUCAGUUUUGUAUUCAGUCUUCGUUAUAGAUGUAAGCUCCAUUAUUCUGUCUCUUAAGGGUUAAGCCCAGUGACAGGGAGGGUGGGGGUAGGGACUCUAUCCCAGAGCUCUGUAGACCAGGCUGGCCUCAAAGAUCCACCUGCCUCUGCCUCCUGAGUGCUGAGAUUAAAGGCCCAGCUUGGUUAUUACUUGUGAGGCUUUAUCCCAAUGCACAGCCUUCUGUGACUCUCACACUAAUCCUGUGAAGGAUUGCGGCUGACCGCGGGACCCUGGGUGUCACUCUGCUUUGAGAUGCCCCAACACCGAUGGAGGCGCAGUGAGGACUGCAGGUUUUCACGGAAGCCCCCAGACCCAUUUCCUGUCCAGAGUUAGGAGAAAGUACUGCUUUCAUCACUCAGCCUCAGCACUUUGUUCUGUGUCCUGUGUCAGCUCCAAGCUCCACCCUGAGCAGUCCCCCUGAGAACUGUGCAGCCAGAAAGUGUGAGCUGAUGGAGGUUUCGUUUUGUUUUGUAUUUUGUGUAUCUUUUUGUAUGAUUAAAAACUAUAUUUUGUACUUAUCCAAAUAUAUUUUCACCCCAAAGUGGGGCUAUCCUUUGUUAAAAAAAUAAAAGUUUUUUAAUGGCAAAAAUG